AACGAAUUCCCUCGGGUCGCGCCGCUAACAGCUGAUCCUCCGCGCAGGAACAACAUUCACGGCUCAACAUUUAACUUAUUAACUCGAUUUAUUCACCCGGGAAUAAUGGAAGCCCUCAUUCCAGUUAUAAAUAAGCUCCAAGAUGUGUUUAAUACAGUUGGUGCUGAUGCCAUACAGCUCCCUCAGAUUGUGGUGGUUGGAUCACAGAGUUCUGGAAAGAGCAGUGUGCUAGAGAGUCUGGUAGGGCGCUCCUUCCUUCCUCGGGGUACAGGCAUUGUCACAAGGAGACCGCUGGUGUUACAGUUGGUCUACACGUCUCAUGAUGACAACCAGCAUCGGUCAGCAGAAGCAGGUACCCUGGACCUGGACGAGUGGGCCCAGUUCCUCCAUGCAAGGAGUCGGAUCUAUACAGACUUUGAUGAUGUGCGCAAGGAGAUUGAGCAUGAGACAGACCGGGUGGCGGGCAAUGGAAAAGGCAUCUGCAGUGAGCCUAUCCGACUUAAAAUCUUCUCAGACAAGGUGGUCAACCUGACUGUGGUGGAUCUGCCAGGAUUGACAAAGGUACCAGUAGGAGAGCAGCCAGAAGACAUUGAGCAGCAGAUCCGGGACCUGGUCCUAUUCUACAUCGGCAACCCCAACUCAAUCAUUUUGGCCGUGUCGCCUGCAAACAUGGACAUGGCCACUUCUGAGAGCCUCAAGUUGGCCAAGGAGGUGGACCCUGAUGGCCGCAGAACACUGGCUGUUAUCACCAAGUUGGAUCUCAUGGAUGCGGGAACUGAUGCUAUUGACAUUCUGUGUGGCCGUGUCAUUCCUGUGAAAUUAGGAAUUAUUGGUGUCGUAAACCGUUCUCAACAGGAUAUCAUUGACAACAAGACCAUUAAGGAUGCCCUAAGGGAUGAAGCUGCAUUCCUUCAGCGGAAGUAUCCCACGUUAGCAAACCGCAAUGGAACUCCUUAUCUGGCCAAGACCCUGAACCGCCUGCUGAUGAUUGAGCCUGUAGCCCUGCCAGGAUUUGAAUCAGAUCACAUUGUAGGCCUUAAUUCUCAGAUCACAAGUUUUGUGUAG